AUGGGGAACAAGAACGCACAUUCUCUAUCCUACCUCCAAGACGAGGCUCAACGUGAUCACUUCGACCUGGUGCUCCACGUGGGAGACUUCGCUUACGACAUGGACUCCAAUAACGCGCUGGUCGGAGACGAGUUCAUGCGACAAAUACAGCCACUGGCCGCCAUCGUGCCUUAUAUGACUUGCCCUGGGAACCACGAACAGGCAUACAACUUCAGCAACUACGGAGCUCGCUUCAGGAUGCCCGGCCCGGACUCGACUCUGUUCUACAGCUUCGACCUGGGCCCAGUGCACUUUGUGUCCAUCUCUACUGAAGUAUAUUACUUCACACGGUACGGACUGAAGCUCAUCGUCAACCAGUACAACUGGCUCAAGGAGGAUCUUGCGAAGGCCAAUCUACCGGAAAACAGACGGCGGCGGCCGUGGCUGGUGGUGAUGGGGCACCGGCCCAUGUACUGCAGCGAGUCCAACGACAUCGACUGCAGCUGCGAGUACACGAGGACUGGACUGCUCGGCGUCUAUGGCCUGGAGCCCCUCCUGAUGGAGUUCGGAGUGGACCUGGUGAUCUGGGCGCACGAGCACUCGUACGAGCGGACCUGGCCGCUCUAUGACAACAAGGUCUACAACGGAUCCUAUGACAAGCCCUACGUUAACCCUGGAGCUCCAGUGCACAUCAUUACUGGGUCGGCUGGUUGCCAGGAGGCUAACGACCCCUUUAGACCGGACCCGAUGUCGUGGUCCGCGUUCCGCAGCAGUGACUACGGGUACACGCGCCUCGUGGCGCACAACAAGACGCACGUCUACAUGGAGCAGGUGGACGUGGAUCUGAAGGGGAAAGUAAUCGACUCGUUUUGGCUCGUCAAGAAUCAGCACAAACCUUACAACAUCAAACAUUAA